AUGACGACUGUUCAGAAGAUCAAAGAGAUUGAGGAUGAGAUGGCCAAGUGAGUGGUGUGUUGAUGUGCAGAACGCCACGCAAAAACCACCUCAUCGCUCCUUCAUCCUGUCGAUCGAUUCAGAACGCAAAAGAACAAGGCCACCUCUUACCAUCUGGGUCAACUGCGCGCCAAGCUGGCCAAGCUGAAGAGGGAACUCAUCACUCCUUCUGGAGGAGGUGGCGGCGCAGGAUUGGGUUUCGAUGUUGCCAGAACCGGGCUGGCCAGUGUUGGGUUUGUGGGCUUCCCAAGUGUGGGGAAGAGUACGCUGUGAGUCGUUUAGCAAAGUUUCCUACAGCGACGAUGCUGAAGCUUGACAUCCGUGCUGCUGCUCGCGCUGCUUGACCGGCAGCAUGUCAGGCUUGACGGGCACUACAUCCGAAGCGGCCGCAUACGAGUUCACUACGCUGACUACGGUUCCUGGUACCAUGAAUGUACAUGGAGCGAAGAUUCAAAUCUUGGACUUGCCGGGUAUCAUCGAGGGUGCCAAGGAUGGCAAAGGCAGAGGUAGACAAGUCAUCGCAGUCGCUAGAACAUGCAACCUCAUCUUCAUCGUUCUCGACGUCUGCAAGCCUCUGGUGAGCAUCACUGCUCUGUCCAAGCUGUCGAAUUUCCCCCUUCGCAAAUGCUCACAUCUCCAUUUUUGCCCUCGACAACUCUCGCAGAAAGACAAGUCGAUCUUGGAGAACGAGCUGGAAGGUUUCGGGAUUCGAUUGAACAAGAAGCCGCCCAACAUUGUGGUCAAGAAGAAGGACAAGGGUGGUAUUAGCGUGACGAACACAGUGCCGCUUACUCAGAUAGACAGCGACACCAUUCGAGCUGUGCUCAGCGAGUACCGCAUCAGCAACGCAGACGUAGCUUUCAGGGAGGAUGCAAAUGUAGAGCAAUUCAUUGAGUGAGUCCCCGCGCGAUGACGCUACCGUAGUCCAGAGCAUUUGCUCAUUCUUUGAUUGCCACGCCCCCACGUCACAGUGUCUUGGAAGGCAAUCGAAUCUACAUUGUGAGUCCUGGGCUGAUCCUGUGCUUCUCUAGCGGCACGCAAGCUGACCCGCUCGACUUGUCGCAACGCGCAGCCUUGCAUCUACGUCCUGAACAAGAUUGAUCAAAUCACAAUCGAAGAGCUAGACCUCUUGUAUCGCAUUCCCAACUCCGUUCCCAUCUCUUCGCGCAUGUGGCUAAAUGUGGACGACGAGCUGGUAGAGCGAAUGUGGAUGGAGCUGAAGUUGGUCAGAGUGUACACCAAGCCGAGAAAACAAGCGCCAGAUUACUCUCAGCCAGUCGUGCUGCGUCAGGGCAAAUGCACAAUCGAAGACUUUGCCAAUGCCAUCCACAAAGAGUAAGUCAUCGACGGAUUGCAAACACAAGUGUUGGGAAAUCGUUGCGGGCUUGGCUCACGCUCACUUGCCUGCGCAACACACAGCAUCGUCUCACAAUUCCGCAUCGCGAUGGUCUAUGGCUCUAGCGCCAAGCAUCCUCGAGGUCAGAGGGUGGGUCUCGAGCACGUGCUGCAGGAUGAAGGUGAGUGCAGCGCUCUGCGCCCGAUGUGUGCACGAACGAGGCUGACACAAGCUUCGUCAUACACUCGCACUCUGAUCGUGCCGCGUGCUUUCAGACGUCGUCACCUUGUUCAAGCGCUGA